AUGAUAAAAAAAAGAAAAGCAUCAGCACCCAAGGCAGCUAAACCAUUUAAUUCAUUAGAAGUAAAACUUACAGUUUUAUUUAAUAAUGUUCAAGAUAAUCAAGUAUCAUCUAAAAAUGUUGAUAUUCAACAGAAUGUUUCUCAGCCUUUUGCAAAAGAGAACUAUAACCCUGAUGAUGAUUUAGAACACAAUUCUAUUUUAUCAUUAAUUACUAAUAAAAAGAUUAAAAAUGAUAAUAAUGAUCUAGAACAAAUUCUUAGAUCAUUACUUUCAAAAGGAAGAAUUAGUGAUCAAAUUGAAGAUACUAUUGAUCAAAUCAAUCAAUUAUUGUCAAACAUUCAAGAUGAACAAUGA